UUUUUUGUUUCUUUCAUCCAAAGAUUUCGUACUCGUAGUUUUGAAGUGCAUGAUCUGAUGAAGCUUGGAAGGAUAGGAUAAUAAUAAUUAUUUGUUUGGUGUGGAGCUCAACCAUGGCCUCCAGGAACCUUCUACGUGCAAUCAUAAUGGGCCCACCUGGCUCGGGUAAAGGCACAAUCUCAUCGUGGAUAGUCAGGGAUUUUCAGAUGAGCCAUUUGUCCAGUGGUGACAUGCUUCGUGCUCAAAUGGGUAAAGGCACGGGUGCUGGUGUAGCAGCCAAAGAAGCAAUUUCCCGGGGCGAGUUAGUUGCUGAUGAUGUAAUGAACGAGAUGAUUCUUGCUGAAUUGGAAGAAAUCACAGGCAAAUCGUUCUUGCUUGAUGGCUAUCCAAGAACGGUACAUCAAGCAGAAGCCCUGAGCAAAGCCCAGCCAGUAGAUGUUGUGGUAAACCUUGCAGUUCCUUUCAAGACCAUCCGCGAGCGGAUCGAGAACCGCUGGGUACAUCAAGGCAGUGGUCGCGUGUACCACACUGUCUUCAAUCCUCCAAAGAAUCCGGGUGUUGAUGAUGAGACGGGUGAGCCUCUGAUCCAGCGUGAAGAUGAUAAACCCCACUCGGUGUCAGCAAGACUUGAUAUCUACCAGAAGCAAACAGAGCCGCUUCUUGAGUUUUAUCGGAAAGAAGGAAAGUUAGCCGAGUUUGCUGGUACCGAAUCGAAGGUGAUCUAUCCUGAGGUGAAGUCGCACCUUGCUGCUCUGUUUUCUACUGUUGCUUGAUAGCAUGUGAUGCUGCUUGAUAGCAUGUGAUGCUUGUGACCAUGGCGGGUGGUGUAUUUUUGUACUUGAGAUAAUAGUGAUGGUGAUAAUAGACUUGCCAUGGUGUUUUUGGCUACUCUAUAUGCUGGUGUAACACCUAGUACUGCUAAGCCAAGGUAGCUGCAGCACUGCGAAUAGCAUCAGGCUGGCAAUAGUGUGCAGUCAACGGCUAUCUUUGUGAUCUUUGUGCGUGGCGCUAGUGUCUGCAAACAAAGAGUGUUGUCUGUGUAGAUUAGUGUAUUGAUCAGUGCUUAAUACUUUGUCAUAGGUGACCAUGAAGACAUUUUUAUUCCGUACUAUUGCUAAGAUACUUUUAUAGUGAUUUCCUACUCUCUUUUUUUAGACAUAUUAAUAUUAAAAGCAGUUUUUUAAGGAUCCCUUGGGUAGAUUUGUUUUUCGUGAGUUUUUUCCGUGGACUUUCAUUUUC